UUUCGAUCUAGCAGCACUGUAGUAUUUCCGUCCAGGAGAAAGAGACGCGUUCUGCGCGUGCGCACUGGUACUCUGGCGACGGUGGUGUCUGGUGGACGAUUUCGACGGCCUUUGUCGUACGUGGAUUUCAUACCUCUUGUAUUCUCCACUAUGGAAACUGAAGAGCACAUUACUUACAAGCCAUACAAUGCCACUCCUUACUACUGUAAUAUUUGCAAGGUUUAUUGUGCAUCUCCUGUAAACCUGCAGACUCAUUUCCUAGGAAUGAAACACAAGGCGGUUGAGGAAGCUCUAAAAUCCCAUGGCAUUGUUAAGCCUCUGAGUGAUGCAGGGGAGCCAAUUAAACCCCCAGAAAGCCUUCCAGAUUACAUUCAAACUGAGCCUGAAAAAGUGUCUGGAAAAACUUUGGAAGAACAACUUAAUUCAUGUAAAGCUACUGAACCUGCUAUUGGUCUCCAAUAUAUAACUGAAUACCAAUCAAAAGAAAACCCAGUUUAUGAAUGUAAUCUGUGCGGGUGUCAGUCAGGACUAGCUAAUAUGUUCAUGCACGUUUUGGGUGUGAAACACAAGCUGGCAUAUCUGAGAAGACAUUAUCCUUAUAUGGCAAUUCUUAAAGGUCGAGGUUCAAACUUGAAUAAAAGACUUAGACUGAUUGCUGCAAAAAUUGAGCGAGAUGAAGGAAGAAAACAAAUAAUGGUUUCAGUGGAUAAUUUUCUUGGAAAAGAUGACAGAUACUCAGUGGAGCCUUCAGAUUCUCUAGUAACUUGGUUUUCUGAAGAUGAUCCAGCUAAAGAAAAUAAGAAGGAAAAAGAACUGGAGGAAAAGGAAGAUACUAAGAAGGCUGAACAUACCAGCAAAAAUGCAGAAAGGUGUGAUGAUCACAAUAAAUCAAAAGAUGAAGAACAAAGUCAGAAUACAGUGGCACUAAAAAAUGUAGAGCUAACCGACUCGGAUUCUGAAGAAUUCCACAGCAAUGAAGAACUACUAAAAUAUUUGCAAUACUUCGAAAUAGUGAAUGAAGAUGAUGCUUCAUUUAUACUGAAAGUUACUCAGAAACUUACAAAUUCAUUGGUGGCAUAUCGUCAGAAGAUUUCAGAAAAAAAAAAUUUUUCUGAGUCAAAUCCAAAUGAAAGAACUGAUGAUCAAUUAGAGUGUUCAAAGGCGACUUCUGUGAAAAUUGAUGAACUUAUCACUGGUCUUUCAGAAAAGCAGCCUCCUGUUCAACUCUCCAGUGAAGAUAAGGAAACAAAUUUGAAUGUCAAGCCAUCAUUUAAGCGAAAAUCAUCACAGCUGAAUGAAAAUGACAGUAUUAAAAGUCAUAAACUUGGGACUUUUGUGCCCACGUUUAAGGAAGUACCUAGUAAACAGACCUCUCCUGAUGCUGAAACAGAACAUCCUCUCUCUGCUGAGGAGUGUUUACCAAAUCUUAUAUCAGACAAGAACGCUUUCUCUCAAUAUCAGACAGAAACACCCAGUACUUCUCUUGCAGGGUCAUUUAAAUCCGACAGUCACGUAAUUGCAGAAUUUUUCAACAGUAUAAGAAAUAUGGAUGUUGAUGAAGUUGCUGCCACCCUACACAAAAUAGUAGCAUCAAAUCCUUCAUUCAGUGGAAUGGAUGUUCAAAACGUAAUAAAGAUCCUAACUCAGAGUGGGAACCUUAAAUCAAAGAAGACCACCAGCACAAGUUCGAAAUAGCAAUUUGGAUCAGUGUGUUUUGUCUUUGUAUUUGCUGUGGAAUUAUAUUGCAAUUUGUCUGUGUUCAGAAUUAAGCUUUAAUACUUUGAUUUUCUCCUAUGAAUAGCAAUUUCUGUUCAUCUUUCUAAAUAAAACAUGAAAAUGUUCA